AUGAGAAAUUUGAUAUCUGUAGGCGGUCCCCAACAAGGAGUUUUUGGACAUUUAUUGGAUUAUGGAGCUUAUGAAACGUUUAUUCAAAGAACUGAUCCAAAUAAAAGAAAAGAAUAUCAACGUAAAAAUAUUUUUCUGACAGAUUUAAAUUGUGAAACAACAUGUAAUUCUACUUACAAAAAUAAUUUAUUAAAAUUAAAGAAUUUUGUUUUAAUUAAAUUUUUAAAAGAUGAGAAAAUGCAACCUAAACAGACCUCUUGGUUUGGCUUUUAUGCUGAAAAUGACACAAAUACAAUUAUUCCAAUGGAGAAAACACGUCUUUAUCAGGAAGAUUUAAUUGGAUUAAAAACACUUGAGGAGAGUGGCCGUCUACAUUUUCUUUCAAUUAAUGGAGAACAUUUACAUCUUCCGCCCGGGGUGAGAAAUAAUUUUAAAUUAAUAUUUUAUAUUAAUUUUUAUAACCAUUUUUAA